CUUCUGUGGUCCCCUUUAACCCUUUAAGAACUAGACUCGCCAUGUGGAUGCUGCCCGCUGCGUAUAGGGAUGCUGCUUAUAGGGAUGCUGCUACUAGCCUACUGGGUUCUUAAAUGACGUGUCAUCUGAAUCAGACGAGGGGGAGGAGUGAGAUAAUAAAUAAAGAAACAAACAAGGCAAGUCCACCGAAACGCCGCCAUCCACCUCUAUUUCAAGCAUCGUCGGCGGUGAACGAGGGGAUCAAUGGAGGGAAAGAACGACACUGUUAUUUAAUGGCCCAUAAAUUGAGAGGCAAAAGAGUUGGCUGAAAAACAGGGGUCCUUGGCGAGGAUUAUAGUCCUUCGCAGGAAGAGAGAAGGACGCCUUGUCCGUUGAGCAUCAUCCACAGCGAGCCAACAUUGUAUAAGGAGGCAACCAUCCAUACCGUUACAGUAAGGACUUUAGAAUAGAAUAGCCAAAAGGUAAUUGAACGGAUAUUUCAUUGUAAAACACGUAUUACUAAUGUAGAAUUAUACAAAUCAAACAUUGCAAAAAACAAAUACCCGUUUAUAGACAAUUACAACGGGAAGGUGUCAUAGAAAAUAAAUCGACCUCAUCUCUCCCUUUGCCUUGUUGUAUUGCAUAUUCAGGAUAAAUUACACAUCUGAUAGCCUAUAAACCAAUCUUAUUUAUCAAAUCGAGUUCAUAUAGCAUGGGCCAGGCCUAAGUAAGGUAUAGGCUAUCGGUAAAUUGGACUCGAGAGGAAAGCGCGACGCAACCGUAUUUGCCAUUAUCCAUGUCAAGCAUCAUUUUCAACUUGUCGUUUAAUUUCCGAUCUCAGAUAGGGGCCUACUAUCCUACAGCAUUUCCCCAUAUCUAGGCUGAGAGUAUUUUUCCGAUAUCCACCUCCCCAGUGGAUUUUUAGGGGCAGCCUGGAAUACGACGACUGGUUGUGCUUUGGGGGGGACCAUUUUUGACGUUUGAUUCGUGAGGUUGGACGCCACGGAGAGAAGAUGUCGGGGCAGACGCUGACGGACCGCAUUGCCGCGGCGCAAUACACUUUGACGGGAUCGGAGGUUGCUCGAGCUGUCUGCAAAGCCACCACUCAUGAGCAGACAGCACCCAAGAAAAAACACCUGGAAUACCUGAUUGAGGCCACCAAGGAGUCCAAUGUGAACAUCCCACAGAUGGCGGACACGUUGUUUGAGAGGGCCACCAAUGCCAGCUGGGUGGUGGUGUUCAAGGCCCUGAUCACUACGCAUCACAUGAUGGUUGCUGGCAAUGAGAGGUUCCUCCAGUUCCUUGCCUCCAGGAACACCCUCUUCAACCUCAGUAACUUUCUGGACAAAACUGGCUCCCAUGGCUACGACAUGUCCACGUUUAUUAGACGCUACAGCCGGUACCUCAACGAGAAGGCGUUCGCCUACAGACAGAUGUCCUUUGACUUUGGCAGAGUGAAGAAGGGAUCUGAGGGGGUGAUGAGGACGAUGCCGGUAGAGAAGCUGUUGAAAGGAAUGCCCACUCUGCAGAGCCAGAUCGAUGCCCUGCUGGAGUUUGAUGUCCAUCCCAAUGAACUGACUAAUGGGGUGAUCAACGCUUGCUUCCUCCUGAUGUUCAAAGACCUGAUCAAGUUAUAUGCCUGCUACAACGACGGGAUCAUCAAUCUAUUAGAGAAAUUUUUCCAGAUGAAGAGAGGACAGUGCAAAGACGGGCUGGAGAUCUACAAGAGAUUCUUGACACGGAUGACCAGAGUCUCUGAGGUCUUCAAAAUCGCUGAGACCAUAGGAAUUGACAAGAAUGAUAUCCCCGAGCUCACCCAGGCCCCUGAGAGUCUCCUGCAGUCCCUGGAGACUCACCUGAACACUCUGGAGGGGAAGAAGCCAGAGGAUGUUCACAGAGAGGAUAUGUCACCGACCAAGGAGUGUGAAGCAAAUGGCUCCCCGGCCGCAGCCGCCACGCCUACAAAAGCUCCAGCGGCCCCUGCAGCUGCUGCUGCCCCAGUUGCUCCUGCCCGCCCUGGACCACCUGCCAGACCCACGGCGGCACCCACCUUCAAGAGCUCCAACAAUGCUCUGCUAGACUUGGACCCAUUGUCAGCCUCCCCAUCAGCAGGUGGAGCAGCAGCCUCUAUCUCGUCAUGGGGAGAUCUGCUUGGUGGCGGCUUAGAUACCCCCGCUGAUCCAACUAGCACGUCUGAGCCAGCCGCCGUUCUUGCUGAUGCUGCGGCCGCUCCGGCUGCCACGCCCACAGUGGCCCAUACGGAUGGCCCCGCCGCGCCCUCUGCGGCCCCCGUGGUGGUGCUGCCCGUGCCUGCCGCCGCCGCCUCAGACAUGGAUCUGUUCGGAGAUGCGUUUGCACCCUCCCCAGGUGACGGCCCGCCCAGCAGGGCGCCUGCUGCUGAUGCAUGUGCCGGAUCUGACCCCUUCGCUCCAUCGGAGGGGAGUGCGAACAUGGCUCCAGAGAUGGACCUCUUUGCCAUGAAGUUCGAUAACACGCUGGCUGCCCCAGAAGCAGCCAGCCCCACCUCUAGUGCAGUGCCUGUCAUCGUCGCCCCCGUCGAGCCCCCUGCUGCCACUCCCGUUCCCUCCACUACCACCACCACCGAGUCUGCAGCUGCCCCCGUCCCUGCCGUCCCCACUCUAGACCUCUUCGGUGGUAAAGUGCACAUUCUACUUCGCACACUGCAUUGCUCUGCGCUAUGUCAAUGA